AUGGGAUAUUUAAGGGAGGGAAAAACAGAAAAUAAAAAAGGAAUCUCAAAAAAGGGCGAAGUUAUUAAUAGAGGAACUCGAACUCUAAAAAUCAUACUUUUACACAUGCAAGUGUUGCUCAUCUUAUCUGUUGCAAUAGCAGCCAUUGCUACCCCAAAAUGCCCACAAACGACUGUGUCGAAUGUAGUCGGUGAUUUGAAUCAGAAACAACCGGCUGGAACAAAGGCCUUAGCCCUCGAAAUGUACAAGAAGGCUUUGUUGACUGAUGAUGUCAAGGUCCCAAUUCAGAAUAGAACCCAGGCAAUUAAGGAUAGACUUAACCAAAUCACCAAUUCGACUGCUGUAAACAAGACCCAGGAGGUUAACCUCCAGAUCGAAAAGAUCAACGCUAAUAUUAAACUCAUCGAAGAGGAAACAGCUCAGGUUAACGCCUCUAUCGCCGAGUCAUUGAAGAACAUCAAUGAAACCCAAAACAACGAGAAGAAACAGCUCGAGGAAAAAAUGGCCGAAAUCGCAAAGGAAAGAGCUUUGAUCGAUGCUCUCAACAAAAAGAAGGAAGAACUCAGAAAGAAGACCAUUGAUUUGUUAAGACUCAAAGUCACUGCCGAGAAAAUUAUUGAACACCACGCCGAGCAGAUGAGAGAAAGAAGAAGAUUCAUUAAGGAUUUGGAAUCUUCCAAGAGAAGAGUCGAAAACACAAAGAAGGCUUUGGAAGUUGUUAAGGAACAGGAACAAAAGAAGAGAAUCGCUGCCAUGAAAAAGGCCAAGAUUUUGACUCAGAACUUGAGAGACCAGGACACCGCCCAAGAAAUGAAAGAAAGAAUGAUUAAGUUGAAACAAGAUAGACUUGCUGAGAUCAUCAGAAGAAAGAUGCUCAUUCUCCAGGAACAAAUCAAGACCGCGAAGAUCCAGAACAACGAAGAACAGAGAGUUGCUCUUGAGAAGAAACUCCUUGAACUCAAGAGAUACAAGAAGGCUAAAAUUCACUGCGCCAGAAACGCUCUUAGAAAGUACAAGUUAGUCAACCAAAAGAAGAUUGAGGACUUGAAGCAAAAGGUUCUUGACACUAAACUCGCUAAUAGACUCACUGUUGAAAAGAAUGACUACUUGACCAAGAUCAAAGCAGAGUUGGCCGACGAAAUUGACGAACUUAAGAAACAAAAAACCGCUUUUGAAACCGAGAAGACCAUUGAAGAGAAAACCAUCGACAAUCAACUCAAGAUUGAAUCCGAGAACUUGAAGGCUGCCCAAAAGGCUCAAGUCAGAAAGGACUACGCGUACAAGAACAACAGAAUCGAUUUGGCUGAACUUAGAAACACCGUUUUGAACGCUGAGAAGGCUCAACUCGAGAGAAAAGCUGCCAAGAAGUUACUCAAGGGUGUUAUUUCAUCAACUGCUAAACAGAACGCCAUUGACAAUAGAGCAAAUCUCGACAUUGCCCUGAUGAAGGCCGAGACCUCAAACAAGAAGAAGAUUUUGAAGACCAUUGCCAACGGAACUAAAUCCACAGUCGAGGCUGAGAAGGCUGCUGUUGAGGCAUUGAAGAAUGCUGCAGUUAAAGCUAAACAGGAGAGACAAAUUUUCAAGACCCAGAUUGCCAGAGACAUUUUAGUCGAAGCUAACCAGAGACAUUUGAAACACCUCAAGGAGAGAAAGGCUGAGAUUGAAGAAAUUGUUAAACAAAAGGUCGCCGAAAGAAAUAGAAAGGCUGCGUUAAAGGUCAACAAGGCUGACACCCUUAUUGCUUUGGCUGGUUUGCAGGGUAAACUCGAUAAGAAGUACAUUCUCAGAAGACAACAGGUCGCUCUCAAGAACGCUCAGGCUUUGUCCAAUGCUGUUAAGGGACUUGUUCCAGAGAAGAAAGAUCAGUUUUUGAAGCUCAAAUCAUUCAAGGUUAACUGUGGUUCUCUUGCCAAGAAGAUGUCCACCCCAUGCUCUGGUGAUGCUAAAAAGGAUGCUAAAAAAGCUGACAAAAAAGUUGCUAAGAAGGCUGCAAAGAAGGUUGCUGCUAAAAAAGCUGCGAAAAAGGCCAAGAAAGACUAA